AUGAUUUCCCAAAUUAACAUGCUUUCCCUUUUCUUCCUUCUCUUUUCCUUUUCUCUAAUCGUUUUCUUCUUCCGCAAAACCUCUGCACUUCACAUCCUCACCCAAUGGUUCCUCUCCUUCGAAAAUCGCCUUCACAUUCACCAAUCCUUCAAAAUUCCUCGCUACAACCUUCAUGCUCAGGACAAUCAACUCCACCGGAAAAUUCUCGCCUACCUCGAUUCUCUCCCAUCCGUUCAAGAUUCCGAUUACACCAACCUCUUCUCCGGCCCCAAUCCCUCCGACAUCUUCCUCCACCUUGACCCUAACCACACUGUCCAUGAUACCUUCCUUGGCGCCAAGCUCUCUUGGACCAACGAAGCAGCCGCCUCCGGCGGCGGCGCGCUCGUCCUCCGAAUUAAGAAGAAAGACAAACGCAGAGUCUUCCAGCAGUACUUCCAGCACAUUCUCUCCGUGGCGGACGAGAUCGAGCAGCGCCGGAAAAAGGACAUAAAGCUGUACGUGAACUCCGGCGCCGUUGAGUGGCGCUCGGCGCCGUUCACACAUCCGGCGAACUUCGACACGGUGGCGAUGGACGCGGAGCUGAAGAACAAGGUGAAAUCCGAUCUGGAUCAGUUCCUGAAGUCGAAGCAGUACUACCACCGGCUAGGCCGCGUUUGGAAGCGGAGCUACCUCCUCUACGGAGCGCCUGGCACCGGAAAAUCUAGCUUCGUCGGCGCCAUGGCGAAGUUCCUCUGCUACGACGUCUACGACGUCGACGUGUCGAAGUUCACCGACGGCGGCGAUUGGAAGUUGAUGCUGAUGCAAACGACGGCGAAGUCUCUGAUCGUGAUCGAGGACCUCGAUCGCUUGCUCGCGCAAAAGUCAAACACUAACACAAACGCAGCGAGCUUAUCGAGCGUGUUGAACUUCAUGGACGGAAUCGUAUCGUGCUGCGGAGAAGAGCGCGUGAUGGUGUUCACGAUGAACGAAACUAAAGAGGAUCUUGAUCAAGCGGUUCUGAGGCCUGGGAGGGUUGACGUUCACAUACACUUCCCCUUAUGUGAUUUCUCCACCUUUAAGAUUCUCGCCAGUAGCUACUUAGGGUUGAAGGAGCACAAGCUUUUCCCUCAGGUCGAAGAGGUUUUCCAGACCGGGGCCCGGCUCAGCCCGGCCGAGGUUGGCGAGAUUAUGAUAUCGAACCGGAAUUCCCCCACCCGGGCCUUGAAAACCGUUAUUUCCGCCCUGCAGGUGCAAUCCAACGCCCCGAGAGAGGGACAGAGGUUGAGUCACAGCGGGUCGGGUCGGAACAGCGAUGAUAACGAACCGGGUGCGGUUAUAUGUAGGGAGAGCGUUCACACGGUGAGGGAGUUCCGGAAACUGUAUGGGCUUUUCCGCUUGGGAAGUAGGAGGAAGGAGGAGUCCUAUUCCGGGCCCAUGGAGAAAGACCCUCCACGUAUCGAGGGUCGGGUCGGAUAA